CACACUUCUUAUUGUAUCAAGAGAUCGUGAGAUGAUGUUUUUUUUAUAUCCCGUCAUGGCUAAACCGCUAGUUCAAGCAUGUCAAAAUGUCCUAUUUUUGCAUAAUUCUAAUAAAAACAAAGAAAUGACGUCGAAAGUAGAAUGUUGAAAAAUCCCAGAAAAAAAUCCCAUAGAAUGUUAGCAUAGAAUGUGAACACAGAAUGCAAGAACAAACAGAGUAUAUAAGAGCUCAAGUUUUAUAACAUAAAGAUUCUAUAUCGAUUCUCAUGCUUAAGUUAUUAAUUGCCGCUUUGCUCGCUACAUCUGUCAGCUGUUUAGUCAAGAGAGAGAUGGCUUCUGAGGAAGAUAUCAAGACAAUCUUGGAUGCCCAUAAUGAGCUCAGAAAGAGUCAUGGUGCCGAGCCAGUUGUCUGGGAUGAGGAGAUUGCUGCUUAUGCUUAUGACUGGAGUACCAAUUGUGAAAUCAAUCACAGUACCAGCCCUCACGGUGAAAACAUUGCCGGUCGUACCAACGAUUGGAAGCAAACUGUUGAGGCUUGGUACAGUGAGAUCAAGGAUUAUGAUUUCAGCAAGCCUGGAUUUGAUCCCUAUACCGGUCAUUUUACCCAAGUUGUCUGGCACAACACCAAGAAGAUUGGUUGUGGUGUUACUCAAUGUGAUAAUAUUCAAGGUGGUUUAUAUGUCUGUGAAUAUGAACCUAGAGGCAACAUCAUCUUAGGUGGAAACGACCCAAAUGUCUUCUUCAGAACCAACGUUACAGAAAAAAUCCAAUAA